UGUAGCAUUUUACGAGGUACUAUGAAGGCAGCAUGAGAGUCCCGCGGUGACGUCACUUAUAGCCGUUGAGGCAGUCAGCUGAGGGAGGAACUCCGAUAACAGAAAGUCAACCAGGAAGCCGAGGCUGCUAAACUCAGCCACUGCCCGGUUUGACAGCGAAACGGUGGCAUCGACGUCCACAAACCACGCAGUGACUACAUCAGCACAGGAGUUGUAUUUGGUAUUUUAGACUAAACACAACAGCGUCAUGGCUUCCCUUUUCAAGAAGAAGACGGUCGACGACAUAAUCAAGGAGCAGUCCAAGGAGCUGCGUGGCACUCAGAGACAGAUCACCAGGGACAGAGCAGCGCUGGAGAAACAAGAGAAGCAAAUGGAGGCAGAGAUCAAGAAAAUGGCAAAGAGUGGUAACCGGGAGGCCUGCAAGAUCCUGGCCAAGCAGCUGGUCCAGCUCAGGAAGCAGAAGAACCGCACAUACGCCGUCAGCUCUAAGGUCACCUCUAUGUCCACGCAGACGAAGGUCAUGAACUCCCAGAUGAAGAUGGCUGGUGCCAUGUCCACCACAGCCAAGACAAUGCAAGCAGUCAAUAAAAAAAUGGAUCCUCAGAAGACGCUGAAGACAAUGCAAGAUUUCCAAAAGGAGAACAUGAAAAUGGGCAUGACUGAAGACAUGAUUAAUGACACUUUGGACGAGAUCUUCGAUGAGUCUGGGGAUGAAGAGGAAUCGCAGGACAUUGUGAACCAGGUUCUGGAUGAGAUUGGCAUUGAGAUUACAGGAAAAAUGGUGAAAGCUCCAGCUGCAGGAAAGAGCGUCCCCGGUGCCGCUGCCUCCUCCAAACAAGCCACCAUCUCCGACGACGAGAUCGAGAGACAGCUCCGAGCCCUGGGAGUGGACUAGUUGUCCUCUCUGUAUUAACGUUCACGUUACAACCCGGUGCAACAUUAAUACCAGUUGAUAAAGACUCUGUUAGACAUUGGUUGUGUCAUGGUUCAGAUGCUACAGUUGAAACCUCGGUACACACACAAACACACAUCAGGAUCUAAUCAUAUUAGCACAUUCAUAUUCUUGAGCUCUUUGGCUGGUUGCCUUACAGAUAACAAGGACAAGAAAUUUGAUUUAUUUAUGCGAUAAUAAUAUUUAUUAGAGUUGCCACAGCCUGAAGGUUGACCGGUUAUAGAUGCUUGAGCUAUGGAACCGCAUACACUGGUGUUUACUUCAUCUCGUCUUUCUAAGGGCUACCGUGUAUACGUGACUUGGAUUCAGCAUUCAAUGCUUUGGCCACAUUGGAUUUAGUCCUGAAUAUGUAUCCAUCAGCUUAUAUGUGACUGAACAUUUAAAAGGACGGUCUGCAACUUUAGGAAUAAUUAAGAUCUUCAAGGUUUGGAAUGAGCAGAUGGAACUUAAAUUGCUUUCCUUCAAAGCGUUCUUCCUAAAACAUUCUUUAAACAACUCUUUUUCUUUAUUUCCUUUACUUUGUGGGUAAAAUGCUAUUUUGGGGUAUCAGACGUUGCCUAUGUAGUUACUAGACAAGAGACAAGACAGGUCAAGGCAUCAUUACACACCAUGGGUCAACCAGCUGAUCAUCAUGAUUAAGUGACAGAGGCAGAAAUAUGCAUGUGAAAUGUGACUGACCCGAACGCCUGGGGGUUAUUUGCAUGAGAUGAAGACACAUGUUGAGCAGAGGACACACUGGUUGGCAUUUAAUUAUCACCGCUGAUGCUGUACAGCUUAGUAGACUGAUGAAGAAGUGUCAAACUGUAUCGGACGGGCUUGAAUCGAUUGUGUAAUCAAAUCAUUACUUUGAGCUACUUGGUUGUUUGCUCUCCGAUCGUGUAUCGGACGUAGGAAUUUCCCAAUGAUUGCAGGAUGACGCGGGUCCUGCAGUCCCUCUUCUCCUUCAGCUGCUGUGCAGUUACUGUCCUAUGCCGUUUGAAGCUGCCUCACUCACACGGAUGCAUGCAAACAAACACUACACUAAUAAAGUCUUGUGUUUCCUUGAAUGACACUGUGAUCCCAGCAACAGCUGAUCCCUCUGUACAGUCCAGUGCUGAUGCUGCAAGCUUUACAAUCACAUGUCUGUUUCUACAUUAUUGGCUGUUUCUAAAAUAAAUUCUAAUAUUUAAUUUUUGCACGUAUCUAACAUGUAUAAUUCAUAACCCAUGGACUUUUGUAAAUCAUCAUUACCUCUUCCCUUUUGACAGUCUUUUGUGAAUUUGGGCAGAAACCUUGUUUCACCAGGUCAUUGUUUGAGUGCAGUUCCAUAGUUAGGAAAUGUCCAAUUUCUUUAAAGAUGUAUAUAAUGCUCAUCUUUGUUUCCUUCUUAGUCUCUGUAAAUUGACUCUGUGAGGAGUUUAUGGCUUUUAUAAGGAAUAAAGUUUCUUCAGGUACAA